AUGUUUAGCCGUCUCUUCGGCAGAGGCGACAAGCAAGCGAAGCCCCGUGACAAAUCACGGACGGGCGGCAGUGACGGCCCGCAAUCAAUCGAGAAGCUGGAGACCUCCAUUGGAAUGCUCGAAAAACGCGAGGUGGUGCUGGAGAAAAAUGUAGAGGAGCAGCUGAACAAGGCAAAGGUGUUUCUCGCAAAUAAAAAUAAACCCGCCGCACUGCAGUGCAUGAAGCGGAAGAAGUUCCUGGAGACAGAGUUGUUGGGCAUCGCCACGCAGAGGCAGAACCUCGAGUCGUUGAAGUGGUCCAUACAGAACCAGAACAUGACGAGUGAGGUGCUCGCGGCGCAGCAGCAGGCGAAGGAGGUGUUGAAGAUGAACAACAAGAAGAUGGACGCCGAUCGCGUGGAGGAGAAUAUGGAGGAACUUAUGGAGGAGAUGGACAAGGCCAACACCAUCAGCGAGGCGCUGCGGCAGCCGCUCGACACAGGGGUGGUCGACGAGGACGAACUCAUGGCGGAGCUCAUGGAGGAGGUGGAGGACACCGGUGUGCAGCAGAUGCAGCAGCAACACAAGACCGAGAAACUGCCGGAGAUGCCGAGCGUUCCAACCGGCGUGCUGCCGCAGAAGACGAAGGCGCAGCAGAAGGAGUACGAUGAGGAAGAAGCGCUGCGAGCACUCGAGGCAGAGCUCCAGUCGUAA